CGUCUGUUGUCCAUCGGUAGCCAUAUUGAAUGAUGAAUCUUGUUUUGAACGAAAGGUCGGAAAGUGCUAAAGUAUUUUCUCAAAAAUAACAUGGUUAAACUCAAAGACAAGAAAAAUAAGGUCCACUUUCCCACGGAUUAAAUCUGGAUUUUUCAUUAAAUAUUGAGUAAGAUGUGAUCAAUAAAUUGCAAAACAGUGUUACUGUAUAACAUAACAGUCAAGAAAAUGGCCAAGGAAGGUGGUAACAGUGGCGAACAUGCCAACCAAACCUAUACCAAGUGGCUUUUGGAUGCAAUUCAUAAAGUCAAAAGCCAAAAGCAAAGACCAAAUGAUGAACGCAUUUGCAAUGCUGUUCGUCAAAUUCACAAAGUUAGCAAAGAUUCACUUUUGGAGCAACUUGAACUUGCUGUGCAAGAUGGAAGAAUAUUGAAGGUUAUGAAUAAAGGAAUUUGUUCGUAUAGAGAUCCUGAUAUACGGCCACCACCGAAACCGUUAAAAGUGAGUCGUACAUCAGAUUUGACAAAGUUUGUUGUAAGAGCUGUAAAAAAUGGUGAUUUAGAGCAUGGAAUGACUGUCAAACAAAUUGAGAAGUAUGUGCAGGACUUGUACUCUGUGGAAACGCAAGAGUCCAGCUUUACAGAAAGUUUGAAAUCAACAAUAAGAAAGGGUAUAGUACAUGGUAUGUUUGAAAAAGAUGGCAAAUUUAUAAAACUGAAGGAGAAAACAAUUGCUGGCAGUGGACAAAAAGUUGAUGAUGAUAAUUGUGAAUAUUCAUUUUGCUUCGAAGAAGAAAAUAAGGAGGUUUGUCGGCCAUGUCCUGUGUGCAGCUUUUGUCUUGGUGAUGAGAAAAAGAACAGAGAUGGGGACCCUGAAGAGCUUCUCUCAUGUGUUGACUGUGGCAACAGCGGUCAUCCUUCAUGCCUGAAGUUUUCAGCAGAACUCACAAAAAAUGUCAAGAAGACUCGGUGGCAGUGCAUUGAGUGCAAGACCUGUUUCUUCUGUCGGAAAGCUGGAAGAGAGGACAACAUGCUGUUCUGUGAUUCCUGUGAUAGAGGCUUUCAUAUGGACUGCUGUGAUCCUCCAGUGAUAAAAGCACCAAAAGGCCAGUGGGUGUGUAACAUCUGUGAUCCUGAUCGAGGCAGUAAAAAAGGACGGAAAUACCUUGAACUUGCUGAAAAAUUCAAGAAAGGGCUAACCAAGUCUCCAAAAACACCAGAUAGUGCAAAGGCUUUAAAACUUAAAGAAAGCUGUCCAACCCCUGGUUGUGAUGGGUUAGGAAAUAUCAACGGCCGGUCCAAACACCACAGAAAGCAGUACCAGUGCCCUAGAAUUCCACCAAACCACAGGAUACCAAAGAAACUAGGGCGCAAGAGGCUUGGCAGUGACCUUGAUAGCAGCUCUGGUAAACUAGUGGUCCAAGCAAAACUGCAUUCUCGGGUUCCUGCCCAGGAAUCCAGUUCUAGUGAUAGUGAAAAUGAAAGCACCUUUGAAUCACUUGCAGCACUAAGUAAACCUAAAGGUUUAGUGGACGGUCUGUCUAAAUUUUUUACACCUUCUGAUAAACGUAAGUCUCGUGUUUCACUAAGCUCCAGUGCCACCCUAGUCCAGAUAAAAAGCUCUAAGCCCACCAGUUUGAUGACACAGACUAAGUCUCAAAGUCAGUCAUGUAAGGCAGCAAGUAAAUUAAUCAGGAAAUCCAAACUAUACAAUGUCCAUAGAAAGAGGCGAAAGUUAAUUGAGCCACCAGGAACAGGGCAACUUAAAGGACUUUUUGAUGGUCUUUCACACAUAUUCACAGCACAAGGGGAAAGAAAACGUUCUAUGGCUGUGUAUAGUAACUUUCAAAAACGUAAAAAACUGAUGGCAGAUUGUGAUAAUUUGAUUUCUCAAUCAAAAUGUGAUAAUUCUUUUUCUGGAAGUGAUGUUAAGGACACUUUAACCAGUAGGCACUCUGUGAUUGAUGGCAAAAUAGCCAAUGCUGACUUGUUAACUCGAGGUCGAUGGUGUGGCAGGGGGAGGGGGCGGAGUUCUGGGUUUGCCAGUGCAUCUCCUCACUCACGGUUCAGACUGCCAUAUCGUGAUGACUUGAUGCUUGACAGCUAUCAGUCGGACCAGUACUCUUCAACAAGCUGCGACACUGGCUCCCCCACACGCAGCGUCUCCAGUGACUUGGGCAUGGGGCGGGGCAAGAAGGACUCUGAGGAUGGUGGUGUAUGUGAGAGCAUGCUGCCCCCAGGGGUGGAGCAGGAGGAUGUGGACCUAUUUAACCAAGCCCAGACUCGAGCAAUAGAAACACUCAACCAGCUGUCUGCUGGUUUCCAGGAGUUGGCUGAGCAGCAGGCACGAAGGGAUGGCAAACCAACAUCUUCACACUCCCAGCCCUGCCAGGAGGAAAUCAAGACAGACCCAGUGAGCCCUGUCCCUGGCCCCACCCCUGUAGGGUCAGCUGCAACACCAGGGCCAGGGUCUACCACACCCCUCAAAUCCUCCCAGUCCAGUGUGGGCACCAGUCAGCCUCCCCCAACCCCCAGUACCUCCACAUCAACAGCAGGUCAGCUGCCCUCCCAGGGAAGAUACCCACCAUGUAUAGAGUUUGGAAAAUACGAGAUAAACACCUGGUACUCCUCACCAUACCCACAAGAAUAUGCCAGGUUGUCAAAGUUAUACAUCUGUGAAUAUUGCUUGAAGUACAUGAAAAGCAGGAGCGUUCUUCAAAGGCAUAUGAAUAAGUGUGGUCUGCAGCACCCGCCAGCCAAUGAGAUCUACCGGCACAAUAACCUGUCAGUGUUUGAGGUGGACGGCAAUGUGAGCAAGAUCUACUGUCAGAACCUGUGUCUACUGGCUAAACUGUUCCUUGAUCACAAAACACUCUACUAUGACGUUGAACCCUUCCUCUUUUAUGCUAUCACACAGAAUGAUGAGGAGGGUUGCCAUCUGGUCGGGUACUUUUCAAAGGAGAAACACUGUCAACAGAAGUACAAUGUUUCCUGCAUCAUGACUAUGCCCCAAUACCAAAGAAAAGGCUAUGGCCGGUUUCUCAUCGACUUCAGCUACCUGUUGUCUCGGCGUGAGGGUCAGACAGGCUCCCCAGAGAAGCCCCUGUCCGACCUAGGCCGAGUCAGCUACCAGGCAUAUUGGCGCAGUGUCAUCCUGGAGUACAUUGCAAACUGCCCGGCUGAGACAUCCAUCACCAUCAAAGGAAUAAGCCGGCAGACAGGAAUGUGUCCUCAAGACAUCACUCAGACGCUACACCUCCUAGCCAUGAUCAAAUGCCGCAAUGAAAAGGUUGUGGUGAUGGUGAACCGGCCAUUAGUGGAUGAUCACAUGGAGAGGCUGCAGUCUGGCCGCUCCCGGAGGUUGGACCUAAACCCAGACGCUCUCAAAUGGACCCCGCUUAUCUCCAGCCAAAGUCUUGCAGAGGAAGAGAAAAACACGGAAAAUGAGGUCAGUAAUCAUCUGAGGAAGAUGUCAAAACUUGUAAGCAGCAUGUCUCAUGAGUUUGGGAGCAGCCCGAUCAAGAGUGACCUGGAUGGCUCGUAUCUGAGCCCUAUCAAAGAGGUUGUGGAGGUCACAGACAGCACCCCUGUUAAAACACCUCCCUCUCCCAAAGACAAACUCCAGGUGCGUAAGAAAAGGGGACGGAAGAGGCGAUUGCAGAACAACCAUGUGGGACCAGAAGAUAAGAGGACUAAAUAUGACUCUGAUGCCGAAGAUGAAGAUUCUGGUGAUGAUGAGAGCAUGGACACCAGGAAUGCAUCCUUCCUGACGAGUCGCUCUAUGGCUGACUCCGAUCUAUCCAUGAACAAUCCCCUCCUGUCCCCCAUUGUUGAAAAACCUCGUAGUCGAGGAUGGCCUAAAGGUGUGCCAAGAAAAAGGAAGGAUGAAUCACCGGCUUCUCACAUAAAAGAUAAACUUCCUAAAGCACGGGGUCGUGGACGAGGUCGAGGGCGCAGACCAGGCCGCCCACCACGUAUAGCAGCUGAUAGUGGCCUAGAUAAGCCAGUCCUGUCCAGCUUGGAUGAACUAGGAACCGAAAAGGAUGAAAAUGAAACAAACGAAUUACAUACUGACAACUCCCGCUACAGAGAUAGACAGCUUCCCAAUGGCGAGUUGAACUUAUCCAGUGCAUCUUCAAGUAGUGAUAGUGAAAGUGAAGCUGAUAGUAAAUCUAAUAGAAACACAUUGUCUCCUGCAAUUCGUCAAAGAAGUAAUGCUAAAAAUGGUGCAAGAAACACUGGAUCAGAAGAUCAAAACAUAGGUUCAGAAAUUCUGAACCAUAAAUCACCAGUGAAAGGUGAUCAAAAAGUGACCCAAAAAUCCUUGAGUCCGUCAAGUACUGAAGGUGUGCGGGAUAACUGUACUCCAGAAGUGCCAGCUCAUGUUCCUAGUCCAUUACCUGUGCUACCAGAGUCAGGUUCUGAGUGUGUGUCAGACUCCAUUAGUGAUGAUGUGCCUUCACUCACUCCACAAGUUCCUACCCCUCACAGUAUUGACAGUUAUGAUGGACCUGUGGAUAAGGGCCUUGAGGAAGUUCCACCUAAAAGUCCACAGACAUCUGUAAAUAACCAGUCUCAUAGCGCAAACACUGAACAAACAAAUGGUAAUACCUCUAAUACAGAUACUCUAUUAAGUAGUGGGCAGCAGCAUAAAGACCAAACUCUUGUUCCAUGUGAUACUUCUAAUAGUGCAAAAUUAAAUGAGAGUGUUUCUUCAGAGACUGAAGAAUUGAUCGCAGACUCAAGUGCUUUAGCGAGUAGUAGCAUUGUUGAACAAAUGGCAAAUGAAGACUUAGAAAAUGAAAUGGAUGAUUGUGAUGAAAUUGACAAUAAUUCAAUGGGUGAUAUUCCUAGUGAUGACAAUUUACAAGACUUUGACAGUGAUACCUCCACUCAAGAAGCUUUACGGGCCACUGAAAACCUUGAACAAGUUAUAGCAGCAGAAUUAAAUAGCAGUCUUGAACAACCCGAUGAAACUCAGAAUGCAGCAUCUGCUCUGACCAGUGAUACUUUAGUCCAGAGGGAGGAGUCAAUGCACAUAGACAAUAUGGUUAAUGUGGCCAGUGUAGGAAGUGUACAUAGCAUCCAUAGUGUGAAUGUUCCCAGUGUGGAGCAGCCGGUCCCCCAGACAGAACAUCCUCUGCCCAGCCCCAGGCACCCCCACCCAAGCCCUCACAACAUGGUGAGCCCCCACCAUCCAAGCCCCCACCAGCCAGGACCAAGUCCUCACUUGCCCAGUCCACAUCACACCAUGAGUCCACAUCAUACCCUGAGUCCACACCACAAUGUCAGUCCACAGUGCAAUCAGAUGACUAACCAGAUGUUCUCACCUAACCAGCAAAUGAACAAUAUGAACAAUACAGGAAUGCCUAGUAAUAGGUAUGGUAGUGAUAUUGAUGUUAACCAGUUAUCUGGACUUGAAUCUCCAACAUCAAUGAGCAGUACUGAGCUGCAAAACACAUCCGGUGAUAACAGUCUGCAGCAGCAUAGGCAGCAGCAGCCACCACCACCACCACAACAGAUGGGACCUUUAAACCCUGUUCUAACAGACUGUGCACAACAACAGCAGCAGCAGCAACAGCAAAACGCACAACAACCUCAGUUGUUUAACAGCAAUCAAUUCUUAAACAAUUCAAUGCCGAUCUCAUAUAGUGGAACUUCUUAUAUGGAUACAGUUAAUUCAGCCAUGUUAUCUAAUACUGCAUAUAUGCCCAUUGUAUCAAGUGCAUCAAUGAACUUCAUGACACCGAACAAUUUCUCUCAAGUGUUGCUGCAGCCAACUCAACCACAGCAGACCCAAAGACUUUCACACAACAACACACCAUGUCCAACCAAUGUGCGACAGGCCAAUCCAGGAUUUGAAAAUCGCCAGAAUAGCUGCAGCUUGGCCAAACUUCAGCAGAUGGCUAACGGUAUGAUGGAGAUGAUGCCCGGGGAGAACCAGCAGAUGACACCGCCCCCUCUCACCCCACCCCCCAGUGUGAGCAGCAUGUCCACCCCUACCUCAAUGAUGAGGGCCAUGCAGACACCCAACGCUGUCCAGCAGUCCAUGCAGCAGCAACAGCAGCAAUUCAAUAGACAAUACCAGCGACCUAACAAAUCCAGCUCUUCAAAACAGAAAAGUGCUAAUGUGACUGUUGGACAGAACUUGUCUUUCUCUCCAAAUGUUGCUAUUCAACCAAAUACGAACAUGAUACCAAGAUAUGACAUCAUGAACAGUUAUCGUAUGCAACAGCCUAUGCUAAACACGGGCUACAUCACAGCAAAUCCAGGUUUUAUUAACCCAUUAAGGCAACCCAACUUGCCCAUGCAAGUGAGUCUCAAUAUGAACAUGAAUGCUAUCAACCCACUUCCAAUGAACCCAAUGAAUAUGAACCCCCAGCAACACUUUCAGCAGCACAUGCAGGCGCCUCAGUCCAACAAUAUGUACACCACAUACGGAUAUAUUAAUGGUGGUCUUCAGAAUACAUUAAACAUGAAUAUGAAUAUGAGGCGUUAAGACUUGUCAGCUAGUGAAAGUGCUCAUUAAUUAAAACACAUGUAGAAUUUUUGUACUUCAUUAAUCCUCUUCAGGGUACUCGAACAUCACUUAUAAAUUUAGUUGUCAAUUUCAAGUAACUGUUGUAUUUUAUAAGACGAGUUGUUCAACUUAUGCAACAUAUUAUGUACUAGAACUACUUCUGUAUAAUUUGUGGGCUGGUCUCAGAUUUUUUAAUCAUAAUACAUUAACUGUUGUUCUUCAUACUUAUCAUUCCAUCAUCCCUUCAUUUUUGCUAAAUCCCAUGUUUUGUGAAAAAAUGAGGCAUUUAUAUUAGUUUUAAGAAAAAUGAAAUUUCAUAUAUGUAACAUGUUUUUAAUAGCAACUCUUUUAUUUUUUUAUUUUUCAUCUGUGUUUUCUACUUGAUGACUAGUUAAAUGGCAUAUGUCUUAGUUGCUACUGGGAGUUAACACGUUGAACUAAUGUGCUAAGUGUUCUAGUCCUGUAAGCCUGUCUUUGGUAUAGCUGUCUGACAUGGUUUACCUUGCCUAUUUGCCAUAAGUAUUACAGUCAGCAGUAACGGUUGCCUUCUGUAUAUUUUGUGUGUAUAUUUUUGCUCGACCAGCAUCAAAUGAUGUAGUCUUAAUGGUGUUGAUUGCACUCAUUCCAUGCAAGCUUUCUUUAGAACUAGGAGUGCAUCUUAAGAGAUUAUGAUCAUUUCAUAUAUUCUAAGGUUGUUCAUUUAAUGUUUGUGAUAGAUUAUUAAAAUUAUUUCUUGUGUUUUUAUGGUUUAUUUAUUUUAUGAAAUUAGGAUGUGUUGUACAGAAUAUAUUUUGUUGCCCACAUUCAGGUUAAAGUCAUUGGGUUAUUUAAAUGUCUUGAUGGUAUGCAGAAUCUCUCUGUCAGAUCUUUUUGAUACUUACAAAGUAUAUAUUUUGAGAAGGUAAAAUGUCAUCAUAUUUGAUCAUGCCUCAUUUUAGUCAUCAUCACUUACUAUUUUGUCUUAUUUGUACAUACUGAACUCCAAUUGUGGAUUGUGCAUUUACUAUUUAAUUAAAGAACAAUUUGUUGAAUUUUA